AUGGAGCAAUUUGGCAGUCUGAGCCUUGAAGAUGAAAUCGAUCAAAAAGCUCGAGAUGAAGACUUGAUGAGCAUUUCAAGGCUAACUAUCUCUGAUAAUACAUUUAAUGUCUCUCCACAGCUAAUGAGCAGGUACAUGCCCCAUUUUCCAGCACUUCCUUCGCCAUUGAGGAACUCUUUUAGUUUUGUGGAGGGCGAUCAGAUGGAGAUUGAUGAAUGUGAAGAUGGAUUGAGUAUACGAAACGAAAAUAAUGAUACCAACCCAAGUACUGAUGACAGGCAAGAACCAAGAGUGACUUUUGUUAUGCCCGAUGUGAGACAUGGACGUGAGAAGAAAAGCAGUGCAGUGAGAGAGGAGGUUGAAGAAGUAGAGGAGGACGACAGAAUAGAUCCCAAAGAGCACAAUGAACAAAGAGAGGAUGGAACCAGCAGCACAGCCGUUAUAAAAGCUUUAUUGUCACCGACGUCCCUAGGAGUAGCGGCAGCUACAAAGAUCGAUGGCAUACCGUUAGAGCCACCAAGAGAGAUCGGUCACCUCAACGACUCUGUCGAGUACACCAGUGGUCAUCAAUCACAACAGAUAGAUAUAGACACUAUAAAACAUGAUCUUAGGGCUCGCUCAAAAAAUCAACCAAUCCACGUCUCGAUCAACAACCAUCAUCACUAUUACCCUUCAUACGCCGAGCCUCAGAUGUCACAACCACCACUACACGAAGACAACAGGUACCGAUUACCUGUGCCUUGGUCAGCGGAAUCCCAUCCGACCUCUAGAGGCUCCUACGCGUUCAUGUCGUACUUACAACUUUUCCUCAAUGCAAUCACUGUCACAGCCAUAGUAACAGUGAUCAUUUCAUUCUUCAAAACACUCAAGGCAGACAUCAAAUCAACGUGGGAACACAGGCGACUAGAGUUAGCUUACGAAUCCUCAAGAUGCCAGAUCCAGUAUCUGGCCAACAAGUGUAACCAGGGAGGCCGCCCAGCACUACAAGCACAAUGCCAAUCUUGGGAGCAAUGUAUGAAUAGAGACAACGACAUCUUCUUCCGUGCUCGUUCGACACUGAGUGCUCAACUCUUCGGCGAAGUCAUCAACUCGUUCAUAGAACCCAUCGGAUGGAAAGCUCUCCUAGUAAUAUGGAUGGGCAUAGCAGUAUGGUUAUUCUGCUCAAACUUUUUAUUGGGCUUUGCACGAGCCAAGAGUUAUUACGGCGAACCUUCUCAAAGGAUCAUGACAUCAUCGUCACUAAUGCAUCGACAAGAACCCGAAUUUCUCGGACAAAGCAGGGAACAUAUCAAAGAAGAUUCGCAGAAUACAUUGAUAGACCUCCCCAGGGCCCAUCGGUGA